UAUAAAUCGAUUCUUACAUUCUCAACAACGCACGAAGGCCGAUCGAUCAUAAACGACGUGUAUUAAAUUGUGUUUAAUAGUUAGUUACCUACACCAUUGUAAUAUAAUGAUGUGUGUGUGUAUGUUGUUUCGCGUUGUCGUUAAAUAAUAUUUUUAAAUAGAUACCUACUAUUGUAUAUUGUGACUACAGAUAGUUCGAGUGUUCAUUCAGCGCGCACCUGCCAAAAUAUUAGAUUAGCAUUCAUAUUAUAACUCAGUAUGCGUCAAGUUGUGUUUGUCGUUUUUAUGUUACUUUUCGAGUAUGUUUUUUGCACCGGUCCGCUGAUAAACGUACACGAAGGCCAGUUAAAAGGAAAACAAUUCUUGUCAAGAAGUGGACGUAAUUUUUUUGCGUUUCAGGGAAUACCAUAUGCAAAACCACCUGUGGGACAGCUUCGAUUUAAGGCUCCGGAACCGAUUGGCUCUUGGAAAGGCGUAUUAAAUGCUACGUCGGAACCGCCGAUGUGUAUUCAAAAGAAUCUUUUCAUGUAUCAGACAUUUGAUGUCCUCUUGGGUAGUGAAGAUUGUUUAUAUUUAAACGUUUACACGCCUAAGCUACCCAAAAUAGGUGUAAAAAAUUUACCAGUUAUGGUAUGGAUUCCCGGAGGAGGUUUUAGCUCGGGACAUGGUGGUAUGCGACUUUAUGGUCCUAAGUACCUAAUGGAUAAAGACAUUGUUUUGGUUUCAAUCAAUUACAGGAUCGGAAUUCUCGGUUUUUUAAGCAAUGAAGAUGACAUAUUGCCUGGAAAUUAUGGUUUGAAAGAUCAAGUAUUAGCACUUCGUUGGGUACAAGAUAAUAUCUUCAAAUUUGGCGGCGAUAAUAAAAAAGUUACAUUGUUCGGCGAGAGUGCGGGAGGAGCAAGUGUGGGUUUGCAUUUACUAUCACCAUUAAGUAAAGGACUGUUUCAUAAAGCAAUCUUACAAAGUGGAAGUCCUUUUUGUUCAUGGGUUGUCUUGCCGCCGGGUUUGGCAGAACGACGUGCCAAAGCUGUUGCUACAAUUACUGGCUGUCCUCCCAAUUCGGAAGAUAUGAUUGAAUGUUUAAGGCUUUUACCUGCUGAAACAUUUGUGCAAUUACAAAGGAAUUUUUUCGAAUGGUUAGUUCAUCCAUCAGUUACCUUUUCAGCCGUUGUUGAAAAGUGCAAUAAUAAAAAAGAUUCGUUUUUAUGCAAUUAUCCUUUAAAAUAUUAUAAACAAGAAUCACUCGUACCGGUUAUAAUUGGAAUGAAUUCUGGAGAAGGAGGUUUCUUUGCAUCUCGAUUGUAUAAUGAAAAUGGUCUUAUUUACUCGGAAUUUGAAAAAAAUUUCAGACGAUUAGCACCUUUAAUGUUGCUAUAUCAUUUUACUGCUUCAUACAAAGAUGUUGAUUUUAUUAGCGACAAAUUAAAACAGCAUUACUUUCCAGAAGGGACUUCAAUUGAAGAAAAUCCUAAAAAGACAGUCGAUAUGGUCACUGGUGGUAUAUUCUUAAAAGGAGUUAUUGACAUGGCCAAUAAUGUAAUGUCACCUGUACACUUUUAUGUAUACGACUAUGCAAACAAGCAUUCAUUAAAUACAUUCUUCGGACCAUGUCCAAAACAUUUAGGUGUCACUCACGGUGAUGAAAUGAUUAGCCUUUUUGACUUCAUAGGCAAACGAUUAAACACACAAGACGAAAAUGUGUCUAAACUUUUAGUGGAUAUUUGGACGAAUUUCGCUAGCUCUGAUAAGUUAACUAUAGACGGUCAAAGUACAGGAAACACUUGGCCGAGAUAUAACAAAAAGGACAUGAAAUAUUUAUUGAUAAAAUCAUCCACACCUGUUUUAUCCGAAAGACCGUUUAUGGACGAGUUUAACUUUUGGAGUGGACUACCACUGAUGUCUAAUCUCAGUAACAGUCGAGAAUAUUCCAGGACUGAACUUAUUACAUUUACCAUGUCUUUCCUCGAUAUCGUUUCGAAAUUCAACCAACAAGCUGACAGCCAUUCAAAAUCGCAGUCUUUGAACCCAUUCUCAGAACAAUUCGAACAGUCGCGAUCGCCGUCGCCUCGAUUUUCCCGGGAGGAAUACGGAAAGCCUAUAGCAGGCUCUAAAACGGAUUUGAGAGGACGAAAAGCGAAGUCUCAUAUUUGCCGAGAGAUCUUAGAACUGUGUACCGUCAUACACGAUGUCGGCACGUACAACUCGAAAAAGAGAGUCUCCGACGACGACGACGACGAACAUUGUAUCGACGACGGUACGAUCAUCGUUAGUUUUGGCGAACUUUUUCAGAUUUACACGAAAAUAUCGGACAAAGUUGUGGGUCUGCUGAUAGCGGCUAAACGUCGCGGUUUCGUGUAUUUCGAUCGGGAAAUACUUUUUCAAAGAAGAGAUGAUGAUGUACUGAUCGCUUUGUUAAAACCAAUUUCCGAAAUCAGCAAAAUAUUAAAAGAGGACAUAAGUCAGGCAAAUUCGUCAGCACCCGUUGAGUCAAAACCAAUUGAAAAAAAAAAAUCAUCAUCAUCUAGUAAAACGAAACGAGUUGAAACCGAAUGUAAUAAAGAAAAAAAUGAAAUGUCAACUAAGCAUAUGACGAUCGGUGACCAACCAAAUGUCACAUCAGAAGUUACGAAUGACAGUAAUGCACUUACCGUAGAAGUUGAAAUAAACGACGAGCAUAAAACAAAUUGCGAUGAACUAAUAAACGUUGCAAAUGUCGGAAACAACGAUAAUCAUGAUACAAAUUGUAAUGAACAAGUUGAUAAUAAAUUCGCUGAAGAAGGAUUAGUUAAUAAUGUUAUUGAAAUUUCAGAAAAUAUAGAGAACCAAUAUAUUCAAGUAGACGAUAACAUGUCGGAAGUAGUGAAUAGUUUAGUUAUUGAUGAUGGAACUAAAACUAAAGAAACCGAUGGUUUUGAUGUAGUUAUUGAAAAUAAAAGCGAAGUCUGUGAUUUGGCAUCGGACGACAAUAGCGGCGAAGUGCGGGUGGAAGUCGAAAAUGUUCAAAGCGAAACGCGUGUUGAGAUUAAUAAAACUCAAACGAACAACAGUGAAGUAGACGUGACGGAAGAAAGUAUGAACGACGUCGUCGACGGUAGCGAAAAUAUCAUCAAUAACGAAACAGAACACACAUGUUUGUAAAUCAACAAUAUUCGGAUCCGAAUAAAUAAUGUCUACUUAGUACAUUUCUUAAGAAAAUAUUCCAUAGAUAAGUUUAAAAUGUAAGUUGAAAAAAAAUGAAUAGGUACUGUAGGUAUCGAGAACAGUACGAUUACCUAUUGAAAUAUAAAAAUACUGCCAACAUUAGUACCUACAUAGUGGUAUACAUGUAUAGUGUUUAAUUACGAUUUAUGAUAAUAUCAUCGUAAACGCUGUAAGAUAAAUUUAAUAAUAAUAAUAGAAAUACCUAUAUCUAUGAAUACACCGCUGUAAGUUUAUAAUAUUGUACAUUAUUAUUCUCAUAAAUUAUAUUUGUUUAUUUAUUUAGUGCGGAAAAAUAGAUAACGGUAGAAACGUGCUUACUGCGGGUAAAAGUUUUAAAAUCAUUUAAGUGCUAUUGGUAAAAUUUUAAAAUAUGAUGCUUAAUUUUACUAUAACCUUAUAACUCUAUUUAAAUAUAAAAAGAAAUAGUUCACCAUAUUUUAAGACAGAUUUGUAAUUAUUGGGUUUAACAAGUAAAUUUAAUUAGUAUAGAUUACAUAUUUGUAAUUGUAAUCAAU